GAGAAGGAAUUCGGAGCAGACGCGAGGCCCGGCGCUCGCGCCGCGCCCGGGAGCCCGGGAGGGAGACCGGCAGCGGCGGCAUGAGGCAGGCGACGCGGCGCUGGUGAGCAGCGCGCGCGGCGGCGGCGGCGGCGGCGGCGGGGACCUUGGCGCGGCCGGACGCGGGCGAGCGCCGAACGGCCGGGGGCUCCCCUCCCCCGCUGCCGGGCCGUGAUUUGCCGGGCCUGCUGCGCCCCCCGCCCACCCCUUGCCUCAGCCGCCGCCUCGCCGCUUCCCCUCGUCGGAGCGGCCGCUCGUCCGCCCGGCUUGAGGCCCGCGGGGAGCGCGGCGCAAUCCGUCGGCCCGCGGGGGGGCGGCCUCCCGGCAUCUUCGCGGCGACCAAGGACUACCAGGAAGGGGAGCGGCUGGGAUGGCGCGUCCGCGGCCCCGCGAGUACAAAGCGGGCGACCUGGUCUUCGCCAAGAUGAAGGGCUACCCGCACUGGCCGGCCCGGAUUGAUGAACUCCCAGAGGGCGCUGUGAAGCCUCCAGCAAACAAGUAUCCUAUCUUCUUUUUUGGCACCCAUGAAACUGCAUUUCUAGGUCCCAAAGACCUUUUUCCUUAUAAGGAGUACAAAGACAAGUUUGGAAAGUCAAACAAACGGAAAGGAUUUAACGAAGGAUUGUGGGAAAUAGAAAAUAACCCAGGAGUAAAGUUUACUGGCUACCAGGCAAUUCAGCAACAGAGCUCUUCAGAAACUGAGGGAGAAGGUGGAAAUACUGCAGAUGCAAGCAGUGAGGAAGAAGGUGAUAGAGUAGAAGAAGAUGGAAAAGGCAAAAGAAAGAAUGAAAAAGCAGGCUCAAAACGGAAAAAGUCAUAUACUUCAAAGAAAUCCUCUAAACAGUCCCGGAAAUCUCCAGGAGAUGAAGAUGACAAAGACUGCAAAGAAGAGGAAAACAAAAGCAGCUCUGAGGGUGGAGAUGCGGGCAACGACACAAGAAACACAACUUCAGACUUGCAGAAAACCAGUGAAGGGACCUAACUACCAUAAUGAAUGCUGCAUAUUAAGAGAAACCACAAGAAGGUUAUAUGUUUGGUUGUCUAAUAUUCUUGGAUUUGAUAUGAACCAACACAUAGUCCUUGUUGUCAUUGACAGAACCCCAGUUUGUAUGUACAUUAUUCAUAUUCCUCUCUGUUGUGUUUCGGGGGGAAAAGACAUUUUAGCCUUUUUUAAAAGUUACUGAUUUAAUUUCAUGUUAUUUGGUUGCAUGAAGUUGCCCUUAACCACUAAGGAUUAUCAAGAUUUUUGCGCAGACUUAUACAUGUCUAGGAUCCUUUUAUCAAGGCAGUUAUGAUCAUCGUUUUCCUGCCUUGACCCCACCAUCAUCAAACACUCAGUUAAAUAUAAAUUAACAUUUUUUAGAUGACCACUCAACAUAAUGCUUAAGAAUGGGAUUUCCUCUCUGUGACAGAACCCAGGAAUUAAUUCCUAAAUACAUAACGUUGGUAUAUUGAAGACGAAAUUAAAAUUGUCCUUCAGUUUUGAGGCCAUGUGUAAAGUUUAACCAUAUUGUAAAAUAUCUAUUCCGUAUUAGAAAUAGCUAGUUGACAGCUUAUACUUCUCAAAAUUCAUAUUGUUAUGUACACAAACUAAGUUUCUAUAUGUGAAGUUAGUGAGUCUUUUUGUGUUACUCCAAAAUAAAGGCAAUGAUUUAUUUUUUUCCCAGUGCCAAUACAAUUUUGAGCUAAGCACUCAAGGUGGAUACUUUACAUUUUAAAGCUGGAAUCAGCAACAGCCCUAUGGGAAACCAGACAAAGCAUUGACUUUUAAAUGUAGACUUUUAAAAUAAACUGUUUUCUUUUGGAACUACAAUUAGAAUAGUUAAUAUUCAUCCUUAAACCAUUAUUAUGUGUACAUUAUUGUUGCUAUUGUGAUAAUAGAGAAUUUUAUUUAUUUUUAUGCCAGCUUAUAUUGUGAGAACACAUUUAGUCAGUUUGGGUUUUAUCAAUCCUGUUAAUGCUUGUCCUUGGAACAUCUUUCGCGUAUUCAAGGUUUGUAGUUGAAAAGUUUACUGUAAAAAAAUCAAAAACAAAAAAAUGUAUUGUUUUUACAGAAUAAAUUUAUUGGAAUGUGUACUGGGAGUAAGAUUUGAGGUUGUAAGCAAACUAAGUUAGUGUAAUUUGGCUUCAUAUAUGUAACGUGAGGUAUUAAUGUAAUUCAUAUAUUAAAGCAAAAAUUGUUCACAGCAAGCUGACAAUAGAAUCAAGUGCAGGUGAGGGUUUUUCUUUUUCUUUCUUUCUUUUUUUUUUAAACACUCUCUGGGUUUUAGAUUAUUUGAAAACACUGUAGGGGAUGAUGGGGAGAUGACUACAUGAUUUGCUUACACUUACAUAUUUACCAGCCCAGUGGACCCUAGAUUUUGUAACUUGAUAUUAUCCAUGCAUUGAUUUGUAUCCCAUUUUCUUUUGGUUUUCUUGAUGAGAGCUAAUAAAAACAUGAGAAAAUGUGA